UGGUGAAAUCUCUUCAUUCUGUCUGGGAGAACGGAUCAGGGGUUUGUGUGAUUACACCAACUUGAGACUGUGUCUCACUGCGGUGUUUGUAUUGAGUGUACAGUAAAUCUCGGAUUAACAUCAACUCACUUAACUCUGCUUUCCUCGAAUAUCACUGAUGAACAAGUAAUGAGAUAUCUAUUUACAGCUGCGUCUUUCUAUUUAACAUCGUUAGGCUCUGGCUGCUGCGUGCUGUUUCUUUAAGCUCCCAAUGUAAACUCACACUCAAGGGGCAGCCUCCAUCCAGUGGCUGUUUGUUUGUCUUGAGCAACCUCUGCUGGAUGGAGAGCGAUCAGUUCCAGACCCGGGGGAGCAGCUUUGCAGCGGGGAAGAGGAGGUCAGGCCGCACGUUUCCCCCCCAGGCCGAACCGCUCGGCCGAAGACCCAUGGAGGGGGAGAGCAGCGCGGAGAAGCCCUUGGUGUGCGGACACGGAUUGGACCGACCGUCCAGCCUGGAGGCUCCCGCCUGUGCCCGAGGCGGGGAGAGGCUGUGUCAGUGCGGGGACUGCGGGAAGAGGUUCACCUACCCCUCGGCGCUGGAAACGCACCGGCGCAGCCACACGGGGGAGAGGCCGUUCGCCUGCCCCGAGUGCGGCAAGCGCUUCGCCCUGUCCUCCACCCUGCAGAGACACCGGCGCAGCCACACCGGCGAGAGGCCCUUCGCCUGCUCCGAGUGCGGAAAGGCCUUCAACCAGUCGUCGGACCUGCUGGCCCACCGGCGGGUGCACACCGGGGAGAGGCCCUUCGCCUGCCCGGUGUGUGGGGAGCGAUUCACGCACGGUUCCAACCUGCAGACCCACCAGCGGGUCCACACCGGGGAGAACCCGUUCACCUGCCCCCUGUGCGGGAAGGGCUUCACUCAGGCCUCGAACCUGCAGAGGCACCGGCGGGUCCACAGCGGAGAGAGGCCUUUCGCCUGUCCCGAGUGCGGGAAGCGCUUCGCCGAGUCGGCCAGCCUCCUGGCGCACGGCCGUGUCCACAGCGGAGAGAGGCCCUUCGCCUGCCCUGAGUGCGGCAAGGCCUUCACCCUGUCCUCCACCCUGCAGAGACACCAGCGACUGCACACCGGCCGGAGGCCCUUCGCCUGCUCCGAGUGCGGUAAAGCCUUCAACCAAUCUUCGGACCUGCUGGCCCACCGGCGGGUUCACACCGGGGAGAGACCCUUCGCUUGCCCCGUGUGCGGCAAGGCCUUCGCCCAGGCCUCUAACUUACUGAGCCACCGGAGGGUCCACACCGGGGAGAAUCCCUUCAUCUGCUCCCUGUGCGGGAAAGCUUUCGCCCAGGCCUCCAACUUACUGAGCCACCGGCGGGUCCACACCGGGGAGAGGCCCUUCACUUGCACUCUGUGUGGGAAGGGCUUCAGUCGAUCGUCCUACCUGGUGAAACACCAGCAGGUUCACAGCUGACUGUGCUGGUCCCAUUCUGUGGGCAGGACCCAGGCCUGUGCAUCGAUGGACAAUGAGCAUCCCGUCAAAGCUCUUUGUAAAGUGCCCAUUGCAAGAAGAUCCGAUUGCAAAGGCAGCAACUUUCACUGCAUGAGGAAAGCAUGCAGACUGAAAGACUGGAAAAUGUAACGGGGAAUCGUCUCCCCAAUCCCUGUUUAAAGCGCAUAGCGGGGUCAUGUUUCAUCCUGUCUGCAGAGGACAGACUCCUGUUUAUGAAUAUUUGUUGCUUCCAUUAAGUGUACCUUAGCCAUUCUAUAAGACCAACACUAAUCUUAAAUCGGAAAAAUAAAACUGUAUUGUAGGAAAAUGCUUAUUGAGCGAGGACCCAAAGACAGCAAACUGCAACUUGGUUCUAUCUGAUGAUCUGAGAUCAGUAACAUAGACUGGACAGCAACAGCCCUACCCACAUCACCUAAAGAAACUUAAGGACUGUCCCCAAGUCUUAUGCUCCCAGGAUUUCUCCUCAGGAUCCCAUUCUUGGGAAUGUUGAGACUGAUGGGGAUUACUGGAGAAUAGGAAUUGUGUGUGGGAGUGUGGAGAGACAAACUAGAAAUUCAUUUCUUGAGAAUAGCAGUAAGUCCUGUUGUGUGUAUUGUGGUUUUAAUUAUCUCACAACUCAACACAAUUACAAGUUUACUGACCUCCCUCUGACUCCCUGUAACACUAGAAUUCAAGUCCAGUUGGACUGUGAGGCUGGUUAUUGACUCACUGAAACAUUUAUAUACAUUUCAUACUACAUUCACUGAAACAGUAUUUGCUGCAUUUUAUUGUGAGGAUAAAACCCUAAACUUGUUAAAUUAAUUCUGACAUCAGAGACUUGGUAAUAUCACUUCCUGGAUGAUGUUACUUCUCAUUUGAUAUACAGGCCAGAAUAUUUCACUUCUAGUUUGUCUUGGGGUUUCUGAUAGUAUUUCAGUUGGGUCACUUCUGGUGUUGCUACUGGGUGCUUGGUGUUGACUCCAUUGCAGGAAGGCAAUCCAUGUUUUAGGGAUGUCCUUGAAAGACUGAUGAUGGGAGUCCUUUGGGUGAGGUUGAGUGUUUUGUACAGGCCACACUUUGCAAUAUGGAUCCUCCGUGAGAGUGAAAGAUAUUAAAAAGGGCUGUUAGAAUAUUUCAGAAUUUGACAAGGCUGGACAACUGAUCCACUGGAUCGACCUGUAAUCCAAAAAUGUUUUUGAUUUUUGCUGACAGUGUCUCAGUAAGCUUAAUUAUCAGUAAUAAUGACAAUUGUACAAAUGGAAUUACUAAUUAACAGAGAUUGUUCAAUUAAUUAUUCAUUAUAGUUAUCAUGUAAUUAGUCAAUAUUAGUAGUCAUUGUGUGAUUAUUGAUAAUAUUUUAAAUUUUAUUCUUAAUUCCUGUGAAAUGUUUAAAACAAGCUUGAGAACCAUGUUGCACUUUUGCUCUCACUAAAGAGCAAAUUCCAGAGAGACAAGGGAGGGAAGAGUAAGCAUGAAUUUAAAAACAAAAAUUUCAAACCAUUACAUUGAUAAAGAAAUGAGUAAUCAAUUAAAAAAUACAGUUUUAACAGUUUCUGGCAGCUGAGCUAACUACUGAAACCUUAAUUUCCAUCGUGGUUAAGAAGUGGUGUCUGAGAGAGAGAGAGAGAGAGAUUAAGUUUCAAGUUCUGAUCACUAGGAAAACGAAUCACAGCAGAGUUUGGCUUAACUAAUGCUGACUUUACUUUAGCUUCUGGUGGUACAUACUUUGAGCUGGCCUUGGCAGAAUCCACCUAAAAGUAUGGGCUAACGUGGGGUGCUUUCAAAUCUGUUUUUUCCUCUUUUUCCAAGCUUGCUUCGUGGAAAUGAUUUUGGUGAGGAGGAAGAAUAGGUGUGUGUCUGGGUAACUCAGUCUUAGGGUUCACAUAUACAGUCUUUCUCUCACUUUUUAUUCUCUCAAAUAUGUUUUCUUCUUCCUCAUGCAUACAUUUCAUCUUUCUCAAAUAUACACACUCACUCCCUCACACACAGUCACUCCCUCCCUCUAAUUCUCACACACAUCUAUCUCUCUCUGACAUACAGACACAUAUAAUAUAUACUGUACAUGCACACUGUCAUUCUGGCUCACAUAUACAUACUAUCUCCUCUCGCGCUCGCUCUCGCUCUCUCUCUCUCUCUCGCUUGCACUCAUUCACACACUCUUGGGCACCUGAGGUAAUAACAAAAAGUCAUACAAAAGAUGACCUAGAGAAAGGCAAGGCUGAAACACACCAUCUAAAAGUACAAAAAAAAUCCUUAUAACAUGGACGUCAUUAGACGCAGGAACAAACAACGCUGUUGUCAAAAUCAGGUAGAAAUAUGCAGAAAUAUGGACUAAGCUGAAGAGAGAAAUUACACUUCCUUUUACUGAUAUCCUUCUAAUAAAGGAUUAUCUUAAAAUUGAAAAGAAUAAAAUAAAUCCUAUACAAUACUUAUCAAGCAUCAAAAUAAAUCUGACAAAGAAAAACUCAACUUCAUAAAGGGAUCUUCAUUGAAUAAGUAAGGAAUAAUACAGCAUCACAUGAAAGUGGGAAGGUUAACCGCUACAUUUACAAAGCGGGUCAGAAUCCUAUAACAAUAAGUUUUCACUGAACAUUUCAGAAGUGUAAGAAACCCUCAGAAGAUAUCUUUUUCCCACUGCUCAGAGCUUUACAGUAAAACUUUUCUUUAACUGCUGAUUCUAAUAUAUUCAUACCGGCAAUCUGAAAUAGUAAGAUUAGAUUACUUAGUGUGGAAACAAGCCCUUCAACCCAACAAGUCCACACCGACCCGCCGAAGCGCAACCCACCCAGAACCAUUCCCCUACAUUUACCCCUUCACCUAACACUACGGGCAAUUUAGCAUGGCCAGUUCACUUAACCUGCACAUCUUUGGACUGUGGGAGGAAACCGGAGCACCCGGAGGAAACCCACGCAGAUACAGGGAGAAUGUGCAAACUCCAUACAGUCAGUCGCCUGAGGCGGGAAUUGAACUGUGAGUCAGCAGUGCUAACCACUGUGCCAACGUGCUGCCCACAAAGAAAUGACAUUAAGUUAUAUUCUAUCAAUUUUGAUAUUAUGUUUUUAGCCUAGCAGUUUACAUAUCUGCUGAAAGUAUACUGCUUAAUUUUUGACUAAAAUUAUAAAUCAUUUAAGAGUUUGUUAUAAUUGAAAUAAAUGUUAUUGUCUUAAGUGGCCAGGCGCAUGAAGAGAAAUUCCAAACCCUUAAAA